AUGGGCCCAGCAAGGCAGUCGGAUGCUGUUGCUCGAGCAGUGCGGUCGCUGUGAAGGGUGUAACGCUUCUGAAUCGCAUGUUUCUCUCGUCUCCCUUUCUCUUUUGAUACGAUGUCACGCUCUUAGACUCGGAUUUUUCGGAGUCCUCGCAUCGUUAAGGUCUUUGUUGCGUCUUCACACGCGUCGUAUCUGUUCGUCUCUAUAUGCUGGCGUAUUUCUCCCUUACGGAGCAGCCCGAACAUACGCACUCUGCAACGUCGUGGGGUAUAUUCUCGAAUUGCGUAGACCUCGUGAUCGUCGUGCGUGGAAUAAGCGUGAAUCCACGCGAGUUUCGGUUAGCGGGCACUGAUCGUCCGCCGGUGAAAGAGACGUGGAACGCGAGCACCGUGCAUCAUCAGUAUGCACGUUGUUCCCCGCUUUUUGUGACUGGACGUGAUUGGGAUAAUUCUUGGUGGCACUCCACUGUGCUAGGCUCCGCUGCGUCGGCGACAGGGUCGAAAAAUCGUGCGCGACAUUUUUACCAAGCACUCGGCCACGGAGAUGUCACGCUGAAGAGACCUACGAGGGCAACCAGAGGGAGGAGGUCGAAGCUGUGGCCAACAAUGCUCAGAUCCUGAUCGCGGAGCAUCAGGGGCCCCAUAGGGGUGGGGAGGUGGUGGAAGAGAACAGCAAACGCAUCCAUCUGCGCUUGGUUACGAUCUUCGUAGGACGGUAACCGGUUCGUGGUCCUGGAGGAGGCUGGCGAUGAGCAUGUUGAGCAUACUACGUAGAAAUUGGGCACUUCGGGUGUCGGUGGUGCUCAACAUCUGCGUGUUGCUCUACGUGUGCGCCCACUUCGGCUCCUCCGGGCCCUGGAUCGAGGAACCGCCGACAAAUUGGGCGGCGCCGUUGCAAUCCGAGACCUUUGGAGCUGUGGACCUCGUAAAUGGUACUCAAAAAGGCGCCACGUCGUCAGCUGUGCCUGCCAUCAAGGAUGCCUCGAACAAGAGCGCACGCGGUAACACGACCAGUCUAGCCAGGGCGAGGUUGCUCACCACGAGGCCAACGACCAACGAGGCCAAGGUUGAUAACAAGAACGGCGACGGGCCAGAGCACAGGCAUAAUCAGACGGCAAAGAGCGGUUUGCCGGUCGUUCAAUCACCGAUGAGCCUAAAGGAAGCGGUGCAGUGCAACGAAAAAUCCUUGGAACCGAGGAGGGCGCAGCGAGGUGAUUACUGGGUCCUCUAUAAUUACGUGCCGAUGAGCAUGGCGGUGAGAUGUUGGGAAAGCGUGACGUACACCACGCACGCGGAUUACACGUUCCUGGACAAUCUGGAGCCGUUGCUGGAGCGAUGGAGAGCGCCGAUAUCGAUUGCAAUGCACGCCCCUGGCACAGACUUCGCGGCGACCCUCGACGCCAUCAAGUACUCAAGAAACUGUGGCAGCUCUCUGGUCUCUCAGCUGGUCACCUUUCAUGUAUUCUUCAGCAGCAAACACGUGCCAAAAAUGGUACCCCCGACCGAGAAAGUUAUGUCUGACACGUAUAACUGCACGCUGGGACCACCGUGGGUGAAUGUCACGCUUUCAAAGAUGUAUAAAAACGAGAAGAAGCUGCUGUACCCUGUGAACGUCGGACGUAACAUAGCCCGUGAAUCGGCGCCGACGUUCUACGUGUUGGCAAGCGAUAUCGAACUUUACCCGAAUCCAGACUUGCCCGCGAAAUUCCUCGAGAUGAUCAGAAGGAGGGAUCAACCCGCCCUCUACAAACCUAACCCCAAAGUUUUUGUAUUGUCCAUCUUCGAGGUGGACGAAAAGAGUCAACCGCCUAAUAAUAAAACACAUUUGGUUCAGAUGCUGAAGGCCGGCACGGCAAUUCCCUUCCACAAAAAGUUGUGCUCCGGCUGUCAUAACGUUCCUCGAAGUAAAGAAUGGCAAGAAGCUCCGGAAACGGAGGACCUUCAUGUGUUUCACGUCGGCAAGAGGACAGGCAGUUUCGUUCAUUGGGAGCCGAUUUUCAUCGGCAGCAAUAAUGAUCCUCUGUACGAUGAGAGACUUAGCUGGGAAGGAAAAAGCGACAAAAUGACACAGGGUUACGCGUUGUGCGUCCUUGACUACGAUUUCCUCAUCUUGGACAACGCAUUUCUGGUCCAUCGUCCAGGCAUUAAGAUCUUCAAGAAGGAUGUUCACCGGGAGAUGCUGACAGCGAAAACGAACGCUUUGAUAAGAAAGAUUAUCGUUCCAGAGUUAAAAAUUCUUUAUGGAACGAGAAAAGGCUGUGCCGUGUAGCCCGUGGAGAAACGGGCACAGCGAGUGCUCCACAGGUGUUUUCCAAUUAAGUGGCAACACCUGAGAUCAUUCUUGACAUCAAAAAUGUCCGAAGCUCGGCAGAAGAUCAACGAUGGUCAUAGCGCUCAAAGACUCGUUUUAAUCGCCCGUGACUAUAAGGACCACGCCCAUCAGCCAUUUCUGGCCGUUUCCGGUGUCGAAACUAAGUUAAAGAACGUUCAGUGUGACUAACAGAUGUCCACGAUUGAAAAUGAUGCCAAUUGAACGGUGCCGAAAGUAAUAGUUACGCAGGUUAGGUUCCGAGGACGCAACCUCGCUAAUGUUCUUUCCUCGUUGAAGCAACAACGACGAACCUUUUUUCUCCCCUUGUUGCUGAAUGUUCCAAACGAUUUCUUCAAAAUACAUGGAACAUCAAUAAAAAGGUUCUUAUUGUUGCUUCGACGAGGGCACAACUUAUGGUUUCAAACUUCUCCUAUGAUCGUUAGUUCCUGCAGUUCCUCCUCGUUUCUCAUCGCUGACUUCUUCAUCUUCUUUGCAGUACAAAAGUGUGAUGGCAGCAUUAAUUACAAACAAGAGGGAAUAUUAAUGAAAAAUCGAUUUGUUCAGAGAGACUCAAAGAGUAGUAUAAAAAAUUUUGCUUUCUCACGAUGAUCAUAUUACGUAGUUCGUCUUCGUUAUGAAAGGAUCUUGUUGCGCAUAUUUUCACUUGAGAACGCGUUAGGGCGAACAAUUGUACAUAUUUAGCGUUUUAAAACGGUGCCUCGUAUAUACUUGUACAUUUACAAGAGUGUUGUGUGGUUUGUCGGUGAACGCGUGCAUUUUUUUUCUCAUUCCACGAUUUCCCCAAAGAGGAAACGGAAGCCGUUUCUAACGCGAACGACUGUGGUCAUAAAAACAUGCCAAAAAGAAAAAGGUACACUGCUCAAGUCGACUAAGGAACACAGUGUUCGCAUAAUGAGAGAAAAUAUCUUUACUUUUUAAUUGCUAUUAAUAUUAUUAUUAUUUGGAGCAGUGGAUGUUAAUAACUAAACAAAAACUCUGUAGCUCAAAUUUGGAUGAAAACUACAUUAGACUAAAAAAUUUGGUUUCUAUAACUUCCUAGAAAAUUUAUUCUAAGAAAUAAAAGGAAAUUAUGAGAAAAUUAUUUAUUAUAACAGCGUGCAGAGUUUUGUAGAGUUUACUGCAAAACCGACUGAAGCCGACUUUUUGUCGACUUAAGUUUUAAUUUUAUGCAUUUACAUGAACAUAUUCGAAGCAUUUUUUUUCAUUGUUUUUAAAGUCAAGUAUCUUGUUUAAAAAAUAGAAACAUACGAAACCAAAUAUAACUACUAGGUAGUGGAACGGAAAAGAUGUGAAAAAGGAUGAUCCAUUACGCACUUGAACAACACGUAUGAACUACCCUUAUAUUUAAUUAACGAUAUAGUUUCGUUCUUGAACGAAUACCGUGGUAAAAAAAAUCAAACAGGGACUAUUCGCGAAUAUUUUACUCUCCCAAGACUGAAGAAACAUUUGAUAACAGUUUACUAGAACAUUUAUCCUAAAGAUCUUUAAUUAAAGAAAGUCAAGUCAUUAGUUAUUUAAUGAUUCUUUUAUUAUAGUAUAAUCAAUUAAGGCUAAUAUAUUAACCUUUCUUUGUAUAUCUUUCUUCUAUGUCUGAUAAAAAUGAAUUGGUGCUUCCAAUGCUAGAUAACAAUUACAGCAAUCAUGAAUGGAACGUUGCAUUCGCUUUUACCAUUAAAACGAACAUUGCAUUUGCUUUUACCAUUAAGACGAACAUUGCAUUAUACAAGGUUUCUCAUAAUUAAUAACAAAAUCGAUAAUUAGAUGAUUUUACGUACAAAAAUGAAUAAAAAAUAUAGAAUAAUUUUCUCCAAGCUCUCAAAAAUUUUUUUUUUUUUGGCAUGUAAAAAUGCAUGUAAAUUUUUUAUCAUUAUAUAUAAGAAAUAAUAAAUAAUAUUCAUAGAAACGUAAAAUAUUUUUAAUAAGCAAGGAAUUAUUUUCUCAGUCUGUAUAAGUACAACUUUCAACACAAUCAAAAUUUAAUUAGACGUAUAGCUCACUAAGUUUUAAUCCCAUUUUUAUCAAAAAUGAAACCCCGGGUUAAAGAAUGUUAUUCUACAUUUUCGAUUUAUUUUUAGUUAUAGAAUGAGAAAUUGUUAUCGAUUUUACCAUUGAUUAUGGGACACUUUGUAAACAAUUGAAAUUGAAGAGAGUAAAAAUAAGUCUCGUGAUGAAUUUCACUCAGCUAACUAAUCAUUUGGUAUCAUUUCCCACGAAAUCGUGCAAGAUCUAUUUCGUAACUGUACAUUAUUUGUGCUAAUACUUUUACUCGAUAAUUACUGGCGAGGAUUACGUGUGCGGAAUAUGUUGAAGAAGGAAGGCAAGAAUUUUUAUGCAAUUGCUAUUUGGUGUAUCAUUAUACGAGAUCAACUUGAAAAACUCUUCUUUAUGAAUGUAUCGAAUGGUGUAUGAAAGGAUAAUGUAAAUAUCUCUAUAUGUUUAAGUAUAAGUACAUAAGUAUGACGUAACUGGUACUACUUUUACACGAUUAAUUAGUCACUAAAUGGGAAUUCGAAAUUCUAAAAAGAUAUAUUGUCAUAAAAUGUUCGACGUAUCCAAAUAUUUGUGUAUUUUCAGUAACAUUAUUUUUCAAGCCUUAUAGAUGAUAAAUCAUAAUAUUUUAUCGAAGAAGAUAGCAUAAUGGUACAUAUUUAUGUCUGCUAUUUUCGAUAAUCAAAACUUUGUAUGUAUCAGAAAUGGCUUAGUUACUUAUAUCAAACAAAGUAGUAUUCCCAUUUUCUAUUUUAUUUAUCAUGUAAAGCCAACAAAAGAGAAUGCCAUUGUUUAAUGUAAUACUUUUAUUUAGCCAUUUAAAUGUUAUAUGUAUUAUAUGAAAAGAAUAUUCUUGUGAAAGGUGGGAAAAAUAAUAAUUAGAAAUGAAUUUUAAUUUUUAACUUUUAUUUUAAUCAGACUGUGCAAUUAAUUUCUAUUGUAAUGUAUACCGUGUCAAAAAAAGAA